AUGGGGGGCGCCCCUACCCCACCCCGGCGCCUUCCCCGAGAGCUCCGCUUUUCAUUGGAUCGCUCCCGCGCCAUUCCGCCCGGCCUGCUCCUCGGCUCCCCGCCUCCCCCGCCGCUCUCUCUCUGUCGCACCCGUUCGGAUCGCUUCCUUCCCGUCACGCAAGAACAGAGGUGGGCGCGCAGCAACCUCCUGCGGCAGGAGCAGCUGCUAACCUCUUGCCACCCUUACCGUGGGAUGAUGGGCGGGGGGUGGAGUGGGGUGGAGGCUGCGAGAGCCAGCCGAGAAAUGCCAAUCCAGCAGCAUCGCGAGCGGCUUUCCUUCCCGAGGCGCACAUGGACCCGGCCAGCAGCGGCAGGCGGAGCGACUAGGGGAGCCGGAGAAGCCGCCCGCCGCCCCCGCCAGGAGCCGCAGUCGGACGCAGCCGCUGAGCCAGGGGCCACCAAAGACAUGGGGAAGAUGCUGGGAGGAGAAGAAGAGAAGGAUCCAGAUGCUGCCAAGAAGGAAGAAGAACGACAGGAGGCCCUUCGGCAGCAGGAAGAAGAAAGGAAAGCCAAAUAUGCCAAGAUGGAAGCUGAAAGGGAAACUGUGAGGCAAGGGAUUCGGGACAAGUAUGGAAUUAAGAAGAAAGAAGAGAGGGAAGCAGAGGCGCAAGCUGCCCUGGAAGCGAACGUUGAAGGGAGUCUGACACGUCCGAAAAAGGCCAUCCCCCCCGGCUGCGGCGAUGAGGAUGAGGAGGAGGACGAGAGCAUCCUAGACACCGUCAUCAAAUACCUGCCUGGUCCCCUCCAGGACAUGUUUAAGAAGUAA